AGCUAGCGCCUAGGUCAAGCCUAGGUGGUUCUGUUUAUGUUUUGUGAUAAUAUUUAGUAAUAUUUUAAAAUUGAAAAUAAUGUAUUUUUGUCUCGAUAGCAUGUAUAUCAAUAAAAUAAUCUAAAGAAUUUACUUAUUUUAGAUGAUAAUUAUUAAAAUAUAUACAUUAUGAAGACUGAUUUAGAAAAAGAAGCUGGUACACAUAUUUUAAAAAGUUAUGGCCAGUUUUUUAAAAUACAACAUCAAGAUUAUGCGUCGAUUUUAAAAUAUGGACCCACAGAGGAGAAUAAGUCAUUUCUUCCUAUUAAAGUUGAUAUAGUUUCUAGAGAAUUUGUGCCAGUAACCACUUUGGUAAUGUCGGACAAUCCUGUAAUGACUAAGAUUUUAGGCAGUUUUACAUCAUUGUGCGUAGAAAUAUCGACACUGAAAACAGAAGCAUUUGAAAGGCAUUUCAAAUUUUUGUCAUUGUAUGAUGAAUAUACUGAGAGUAAAAUAGCAGAUCAGAUGGAAUCUAUUUGUAAUUUGAAUGCAUUUAUAUCACGGUGCAAUGAAACUCUUGCAAACAUUAUAUGUCAGAUGUUUGCUAUUUUUAAGGGAGACAUUAUCAGCAUAACUGGAAUUCAGUGGCACUUUAUUAUAAACAAUAUUGGAGAAUUAUUUACUUUGCUAGUAUUAACAGAACUAAUGAUAUCUAAAUGUUCAUUGCCAACUAAAUGGAACAAGUUUUGCAAAACUUUCGAAAAAUACUGUAUGCAACAUGAAAAAGCUGAGAACAUAUGUAAAGAUAAAAUGGAUGCCAUAAGUAAUGCAAUUUCAAGCAUAACAUCAAGGAUAAUGUGUGAUGAUAUUAUUCAAAAUGUUCUGCAGAAUAUACUUAUGCUCAGAAAAAAGAAUUUAACAGAAAAUAAAUGCGGAGUAGUAAUGACAGAAUUCACCAAUUAUAUAAAGCAAGCAUUAGUAAAUCUGGAUAAGUUAACUCAAGAAAAACCAAACUUCGAUAAUAUGUAUAAGUGCAUAAAAAUAAAUGCUUUAUUUAUACUAAAUUCUCAUUUGUUUAAUUAUAGUGAUAAAAAAGUCUUCAAAUUUUUGACAGAAUUAAAUUUUAAGGCACACAGUGUUUACAUCAUUGGCAACAUUAUAUGGUUCCCUGAGCAGUUUCUCCACCGAUAUGCAUCAUCAUUGAGUUCCAGCAGUAUGAAGGUAUCUCAAACCAUGUUAAAAGCUCGACAGGCUUAUAUGAGUACAAAGAAGUCAACACUUCCACGGGAAAUAACAGCUCUUCAAAAUAUAUGCACUCAUUGGGUUUUAUCAAUGGAGGAACUCUUUUCUAGUAAUAAUAAACUCAAUGCUUGCGAAAUGAGCCUCCAUUCAAAGACUCUACUGGAAGGACUUGAAAUUGCCUCCAACUUAUUUCAUUCUGUGCUCUCAUUUAUUAAUCUGCAUCUUUCUCUUGGAAUACCACUUAAGAAAAAUUUUUUACUAUUAAUAUUUGAAUUUACUGACAUCUUGAAAACUCUAAAAAAUGCUGUUAGUAGAAACCAUAACCAAAUAUUGAAUUCAAUUAUAAUGGUUAUUCAGCACUUAACAUUCCAAACUGCGUCGUCAGUUAUUGAGGUUAAAAAAUCUAUCAUAGAUGAUAAGCGAUACGCAAAUACAAGGUUAGAUGAACUUACAUGCAUUGUAAUUGCUGAACAAGCUAUCAAAGGAGCACCAACCAUAGAGAGAAACAUCGCCACAAAUGUGGCAUUAAGUUUUAUACCUGAUACUACAUAUUCAGAAGACAGUUAUUACAAACUUGGAAGGUUACUAGAGGAUGAAAGAUAUUUAAUAGAAUUUAUGAAAGCUAUCGAAAGGUAUUGUGAUUGUUCAUGGAUGAUGUGGCACCAAAACAUCAUACCGUUCUAUUUUCAACAAAAUUUCAGCACUGAGCCUCAAGCAUUAAAACUGAAGUACUUUUUAUUUGUUUUGGAAGACUGUGUUAAGCAUUUACGUGAAGCUGAUGAUCAAUUUGGAUAUAAUCUUUCCUCAGAGUUUUUAAUGAAUAUAAAAUCCAUGAUUGAUGAAAAUGUUUUGAAAUCGUUUAGCCAUGCUAUUGAAACAAACUUGCGGCUACACAUUCACUCUCAUCUUCAAUUGGAUGUGAUAAAUCCAUUAACAUCAGACAUGAUAAAAAAACUGUUACUGGUUUUAGACAAAUUAAAAAUUCAUAAUGAAUACAUUGGAGUUAUUCCUUCUGUUGAACAUUACCUGUCGAAAACAUACUAUAAUCUAACUACUGUAGUGUUGUCGGAUUGGAAAACAUAUGGUGAAAUGCGGCAGAUGGCCAGAUUUAAAUUUAAUUUGAAAACAAUUCAAGAUGAUCUUCCAACUCAAACAUUAGAACAAGGGUUGGACGUAUUGGAGAUUAUGCGCAAUAUUCACGUUUUUGUAUCAGAAUAUCAAUACAAUCUCAACAAUCAAUUAUUUAUUGAGAAAAGCAGUAAUAACAAACACUUAAACUCCAUCAAUAUUAGACACAUAGCAAACUCAAUAAGAACUCAUGGAACAGGCAUCAUGAACACUACGGUUAACUUUACAUACCAGUUCUUGAAAAAUAAAUUUUAUAUUUUUUCACAAUUUAUGUACGAUGAGCAAAUUAAAUCUCGACUCAUAAAGGACUUGAGAAAUUUUAAAGAAUGCACUGGAGAGCAUGGAAGCAUGUAUCCUUAUAAAAACGCAGAGAAGUUCAACAAAGGCAUUAAAGUAUUAGGAAUAUUAGAGGACGGUUUGAGUUAUUUAGACAAGUUUAGAGCUUUAAUUACUGAGAUCGGUAACGCAAUGGGAUACGUCAGAAUGAUUCGAUCUGGAGGAAGACACAGUUGUGCCGACGCUACUGCGUUUCUACCGUCGUUAGAAACACAAAAAUUCCGGAGUUUAACAGAAAACACCGACAUUUCAAUAAAAACAAAGGAAACAUCUGUGGGCUUAGAUAAAAACAUUGAGGACUUAAUAUCGAAUUUCAUUCAAGGGACCGAAUACUUCAAACUGCUUGUUGACGUUUUUUCAGUUAACAGAAGUCCAAAGAAUUCACAUCUGAAAAACUUUUUUAUCAUUGUGCCACCACUCACUUUGAAUUUUGUUGAACAUAUGAUUUUAUCUAAAGACAAAAUGUCCAAGAAGAACAAAGUUGGUGCUGGAUUUACUGAUGAUGGGUUCGCAAUGGGUAUAGCGUACAUACUCAAACUUUUGGAUCAGGAUUCGAACUUUGAAGCGUUACAUUGGUUUGAAUCCGUCUGGGCGUAUAUAAAAAAGGAAAGGCAAAUCAUAGACGAACAGAAAAAUAGUGGAUCAGUUCAGUUACAACAAGCAUUGGCACUAUCCGAAAAGAAACUUAAAACUCUUGAGGAAGAAUACAAACUGCUUUAUUACAGCCUUACUAGCGCAAGAAUAUUUUUUAGAUAAAUUUUUAAAUAUUUACAAUAUUGUUAAAGUUUGAUGUAUUAAUAGUUAUUUAUGCAACUGUUGUGUAAUAAGGGGUAUUAAAACACGAGUGAAAGUGAAGCGAACAUGAGUGUUUUAAUACCUAAUUAUCAACAGUUGCAUACAAGACUUUUCUACACCCAUAAUAUGAAUCCUCUAUAAAAGAUUCUGAAACAGCUUACGGCUAAAAUUAAAAAAGCCAGUCCUAGUAACCAUUACAUCAUCCAAACGAGUGUUGCAAUGUUGUGCUGAAUUUGAUUACAACACUCGUUUGGAUGGUGUAAUGGUUAUUAGGACAUUGAGUUAAAAAUUACAACAUUAAAAAAUGUUGGCAAUAAGCUAACUGUUUUAGAAUCUUUAAUAGAGGAUUUAAAGCAUGGGAGUAGAUAAAGAUAUUUUUAUUUAUAUAUUUAAAACGUAAGUAGCACCUACCGGAAAGCUGAUUUCUUUAGAUUUUAACUUUAUUUAUGUAGAAUAUUGUUGAUACUAACAAUAAUGUUACUGUUACUUUGCCAAAAAAAUCACGACCAUAUUUAAUUUGAAUUUCAAAUAGUAAAAUAUAUUUUUUUUCGCUUCAAAUUAUUCAGAGUAUCAACUAAUUCAGGUAAAGUCGUUGCAUCAGCAUUACAUAUUUCUUCCGAAUUGUAACUAAGCAUGUUGAGUUGUUCGUGUAUAUUGAAGAAGUUAUAAAAUUGCUAAUUCAUAAAAAAAAUAUCAAAUAUAUUUAUGUAUUGCCACUUUCUAUAUUCCAGUCCUGAUUCUAAAUCGGUCAUCCUAGAUUGAUGUUCCUGCUUUUAGCGUUUUAAUUACCAAUCUAUAGAUAACUGUGGGGAUCUCUUUUUUCAAUCCAUCUAUGAGAUUAUAAGGCCAAUUAGGUUUUUGUAGGAAAUUAACAAGUAUGUGUUCUCUAUAAGUACUAUAUUAUGGCCAAAAUCUUUAAAUCAUUAAUUAUAUGUCUAGAUAAACUAUGACUGUGAAAACAUCGAUAAAAAUAGAGUUUAAAACUAACUUAUAUAAUAACGUAAAUCCUAUUACUCCACAGCUGAAUAUCUAAGUGAUCGGACAGCCUGGGACUAGAUUAUGAUUAUUUUAUAGCAAUAGCAAUGACAAUUGACAGUACAAUAUUGCAUAUUUUUAUUAAAAAGUGCGCAAAAAAAAAAGAAUGCUGGGAGAGUUUCCUGCGCCGCUUCUUCUCUCUCAGAGCGCCAUUUGUUUCCGAAGAGGUAUUAGUAUCUAGUAUUUUAGAAAUGACAUCAAAACAAUACUAAAGGAAUAAAUUUUGAGAAAAUAAAUGUAUUUUAACAUAUAUUUUGAGCAAUUCACGCACACUAACACAAAGUGUUAUACAAAUCGCCGAGUGUCAGACAUAGCCUAUCACUCAGCAAACUAAAAUUCCUGGCCUGUUUUAUCGGUUGCCUAACAAGUUAUUAGAAGUUUAAAUCUGGAUUCAUUUUAAAAUUUAUGGAAUCAUAUUUAAAGAAACAAUUGUAAAAAAACGGGUCCCUCAGUAAAGUGUCGAAUCUGAAAUAUUGUACUUACGACAUCGGCAGUAUUUUUCUAAGAAUUUUGUAAUAUAGUCACGAAUAAUUUUCUUCAGUUUUAUCAUAACAUAUUGAUCUAAUUAAUGAAAAUUCAUUUAAGGCUCCAAGAGCCGAUUUAAACAAAUAAAACCUGAUAAAAUAAUUUGGAGAUAAGACCUCUUGGGCGCGGUAUCGUCGACUUUUGUACCUAAUGGUUUCUUGCGGAAUACAUUCCCACUAUGGCGAUUACUCUAUCAGGCGCAAAUGGUAUAACCGUUGAUUCUCACCCCAUUGUAUCCCCGCCCGCCGCGUACCAAUUUUGUUUUCAAUUUUCGUAUUGUAUCCAUAUAUGAUGGUCUGUGGUACAAUGCUCAUCCUAGUUUCAGAGGGUCCACACAAAAUGCUUUCUGGGAUGUCGGGAAUCGUGGCCAAUUCAAACCUACGACGAAUCCUUAUCGUGUAUAUGGGGCGCGAGUGAGCGUUGUUAUCAAUAGAAAUAUAUUUACAAGGGCGGAUAAAGGUUGUGCAUGUUUUCAGAUAUCCAGGAAAGGACCUCGUAAGCUGUGUUUUAAAAACAGCGUCUUUCUUUUAAUUUUUAAAUAACUUCCUUAUAUAUGACGUAACCGACCAGCCUAUAACAUGUUAAAACGAUUACUCGUUGGAAUUGUAUUGUUUUUAGAGAGUUAAUAAAUCAAAAACAGUCUUUGUAAAUAGGUAUAUAUUUUUUAUAGACAGAGAUUAUUAAUAUAAACAAUUAUCGUAUGAACCGGAAAUUAUCUUC